GCGCCAUGCUUAGGCUUGAAGAAGCAAACAACUUCAAAACAUCAAAACCUUUCAAAUGGUGGGGCCUUCUCUCAACUCUCCCAAACCUCCCACCAACACUACCAUCAAACUCUUGUGUAGUUAUGGCGGACGGAUCCUCCCGAGGUACCCCGACGGAAAACUUCGCUACCAUGGUGGCCAGACACGUGUCCUCGCCGUUGCUCGCUCCAUCUCAUUUUCUGAAUUGAUGGUGAAACUCGGUGAAUUGUGCGGGAAGACAGUGGGUUUGAGGUGUCAAUUGCCUACAGAAGAUCUAGAUGCUCUUGUUACCAUAACAUGUGAUGAGGAUUUGACGAAUCUCAUUGAGGAAUAUGAUCGAACAGCUUCGCUGCAAUCGAUUAAAAUCCGAGCAUUUCUAUCAAAUCCGAAGAAAUGCUCACCGGCUCAUUCAACCGCUUCUGGGUCUGGUACUUGUGGAUCUAGUUCCUCCACUGGUACAACACCCGAAGCAUCACCGGAAUCACCACCUCUGUCAGUCAGUAAUCGGUGUGUGUAUACGUCGUCAAAACCGCCUUUAAAUCUUCAAUCAGCUGGAAAGGUUCCGUGCUAUGCUUAUCGAAAUUCCAAUAGGUUUUGCCUUGUUCCUAAUGGGAGUAAUUGGCACUAACAGUUGGAAAAACAACAACUUUGGUGCUGUGAAGAUACAUAAAGAAAAAAUCAAUUACACAUUUAAUAGAGGCGUAAUUCAAACGGUAAUAUAUGGGGGCAAAAUGCAAGAAAUUAAUAUUUGCGUGAUGUAUGACUGGACUGUAUAUAAUUUUAGUAUUCGGAUUCGUGUUUAGUUUCUA